AUGGGGUUGUCCAAUGCGGUAGAGCCAAGAGUUGUCAACUGGAGCCUCGUUACCAAUGGAGAAACAGAGGAAGAUAAGAAGUUGAAUGCCACAUACAUCAUCAGUGUUGCACGAAAGCUCGGAUGCUCCAUAUUCCUGUUGCCUGAGGAUAUCAUAGAGGUGAACCAGAAGAUGAUGCUUAUUUUGGCGGCCAGCAUCAUGUACUGGAGCCUCCAGCAACAAUCAGACACAGAGUCUAAUGUCUCAGAAGAUGCCACUGAUGAAGGCGAUGCAAGCUCUGUUGCUGGUGAAAUCACCAAUUUGUCCAUCGAUGGGGGUUCUGAGUCCAGUCCCACCUCCCAGGAUCAAGAAUUGCUGACAAAGGCAGACAAGGAUGAGGAUGAGGUUGAUGGUGAGAAUAAGAAAGAUGCAUAAUGCGUUUGAAUGUUAAUUUGAUCGCUCUUUUUUGGUUUUUGUUGCGUGAAGUUUUGAGCCUUGGAUUUUUUAUUGGCACAAAGGAAAUCCAAAAGAAAGAAAGAAGAAAAAGGUUUGAUGUAUACAAACAAAGAGGCUUUUUGGUACACAAUGUAAAACUAAUUGUGUACCUAAACCUCAUUUUUGAAUUGUGAAAGUUCUAUUUUAUUUUUUGAACAUCUUUUUUUUUUUGAACAAUGGUGGGAAAUAGUAAUGAAGUCAUCUACUUUGUUGGCUA